ACGUCCAAAGAAACUGAAGAGAAAAGAAAUCAAAAUCUCGAGAUUUAGCAGUUUAGUUGUUUUCAUUCCAAGCCUUCAAGAGUCAGACUUCAGCCAUUGUGAAUUUAUAGCGAUACUGAGCAACCCUGCAUUUUAACAGCUAACAUCGUCACAGAUACGCUUGCUAUGCCAAAUUACGUUUUAUAUUAUUUCAAUGGACGUGGUAGGGCUGAAAUAUGUCGUCUGCUCUUUGAAGCGGCAGGCGUCAAAUACGAAGACAAGAGAAUUGAGUUUUCGGAAUGGAAGGAUUUCAGAGACAAGAUGCCCAACUCAAUGCUGCCAGUUCUGGAAAUUGAUAAAAAAAUCCGAAUUCCUCAGAGUAUGGCAAUUUCCAGAUAUCUGGCAAGAGAAUUUGGUUUACACGGAAAAACCAAUAUAGAAAUGGCUCGCAUCGAGUACAUCUGUGAUUGUUUUUAUGACAUAUUCAAUGACUAUAUGAAGAUGUACCACGAAAAAGAUGGCAGACUCUUGGCUUUAAUGGGAACUGACUGCCGUAUCAGGUCUUCAGAUUUGACAGGAAUCACCAUAACAAUGGCUGAUCUGAUGUGUUACAGUGCACUGGAAAGCCCCCUGCAUGAAAACCCAACCUUACUCCAAGAAUAUCCUAAACUGCAAGCUCUGAGGACUAGAGUUGCUGAACAUGCUCAGUUAUCAAUAUAUUUCAACAGACGUGACAAGACUGACUUCUAGACAGAUCACCCGACGACGACAACAACGACGACGCAUUUAUGACAACGGCUACGAAAAUAACAUUUAGUAACUUUAAUAGCGUGAAAGUCAUCUGUGAUUACGUUACAGAAUACGUAUUCGUCACAAUGUUAGAAUUAGCGUGAGAAUAAUAAUGAUAAUUGUUUCAUGAUUUAGGGGCAAGGUCAGGAAUAUCUAUGCGUAGGGGAUUUUAUUGAUCCUAUUAUUUUAAAGGUGUUAUAAUGUAUCGACAUCACAACGAUAAAAGGCAAGGCUAAUCUCGGCGGGAUUUGCUCUCAGAAUGUAAAGGGCUGUAGCUAUACUGCGCAGGCUGUUAUAAAAUGUCUACUAAACCUGUCAAUAUGCCAU